GUUCCUGGCCUUUCAGGGUGUGGCCAUUCACCAACAGAAAGCCAUUCAUGGCCAGGUUCAGGCUGUUUCUACUCCUGCUGCUGGCCCUGCCACCACAGCCCUCCUCACUGCCAUGGCCAGACACUGCGCAGGGCACCAUGGCAGGCCUGAUCCUGACUGCACUAGAGAAAGCCACCUUAUUCCUGGAGGACAGGCUGCCUGCAAUCAACCUGGACGGAGCAGUGGGAUUCCAAGUGCUAGAAGUGCAACUGAAAGGAGUCCAUGAAAAAUGGGCUUCCAACCCCCUGCUGCAGCCUCUCAGCUUUCGUGCUGAACAGCUGGCCAAAACACUGUCUGCUCUACUACAAAAAUCCAUCUUCUACCUCAAGCAGAGUGACCCCACAUACCUAAGAGAGUUCCAACCGAGCAUUCAGCCUGGGUUUUGGAAGUUGCCCCAUGCCUGGAGACGCACCAAUGCCUCCUUGGUCUACCCCUGGCUGGAGCCCCUGGAUUCAUUCUCAGAGGAAAGCAGUGACGCAUGCUUGGUGCAACUGCUAGGAACAGGGACAGACAGCAGCCAGCCUUGCAGGCUCUCCAAUUUCUGCAGGACCCUUAUGACCAAGGCUGGAUGCUCAGGCUACAGCCUGUCCCACCAGCUGCUCUUCUUCCUCUGGGCCAGAAUGCAAGGGUGCACCCAGGGGCUGUUCCACCAGAGCCAGCACUACAUGGAUGUCUUCUGUGCCAAUAUGAUGGAACUGAACCGGAGAGCCGAGGCCAUGGGAUACACCUACCCCACCCAAGACCUCUUCAUGGAAAACAUUAUGUUCUGUGGUAUGGCUGGCUUCUCUGACUUCUACAAGCUGCACUGGCUGGAGGCUAUCCUCAGCUGGCAGAAGCCCCUGGCGGGAUGCUUCGGGAAGCCUGAUGCAAAGAGGGAACUUCUGGAAGGCACUCCACAUCGUCAGGGCAUUCUAAGAAGAAUUCGAAGAUGGGAAAAACUGUUUACAGAUGGCUGCUCUUGCCACAACACAGCCACCGCAGUCGCAGCCUUGGGUGGCUUUCUCUACAUCCUGGCAGAAUACCACCCAGACAAUGGAGAGCCACAUCCACCCACACAGUCACCAGAGAGCGACUAUCAAGAUGGUGCUACCAUGCCUGAGGUGCAGAGGAUUGGCAGGCCUCUUAGAGUUUCUUCUUAGAUCCUGGAGUCAAGGGUCACAUGCUGAGGGAACACCUGGGGAAAUUGAGCAGCUAUAACCCCAUCACCACAUCCGGGUGUUUAAAAGUAUCAAGAGAGCAGGGCCAAGGAAAGCAGAGUUGGAGAGUCGGGUCGACCAGAUGUCAGCAGAGUACAUAAAGCAUAGUCAAUUGCA